UGUAAUAAUCGUUUAAAAUCAUGUUCCACGAAUAAUCUAUAGGAGUACAUAUCUCUAUCUCCAAUACAAUGAUCCCAAAAUAGAAAUAAAUCCUGAUUUUGUGAUUCACCUCAAAAAGCACGUCACAUUCUGGAUUUCCUAUACAAAAUAUUUAACUUUACCCACUUGCUAUACAUACAAAUACUUUUCAUUUAUUUUUAUUCUUCCUUCUGCACAAUCUUACAAUAUUCUGUCUCUAAGAAAAUCUCGGCAAAUUAUAUUUUAAGGCAACCCAUUAAACAACUUGAAAAAGAAAAUAAAAAAAUCACCCCAAACAAUCGUACUAGCAUUCAUAAUUAUUUUAGGAAAAAAUAAUGAUACACACAAUCAAAAUAGAUAUUGAAACGAAGAUCAUACGUGUAAAUAAUAAUAUAUACGAUUAUGUAAAUGAAAAUUAAAAAAAUAAUUAUGAAGAUCACGUUGGAAGUCUAUAUUGGCAUGUUACCAUAAUAAUAAUAUAGGAGUAUAAUGGUGAAGAGACAAAUACUCGUAUGUAGCCCUAGAAUUGUCAAAGGGCCAAAUAGUUCCAUUAAUUUAUACCAAUUCAAGAUCCUUUCCAUUAUUUUAAAAAAUCAAAUCCAAGCAAAAGCGAGGGAGGAAAAUACUAAACAAAGUUCUUUCCUUCAAAAAUCAACAUACAAAAUCAUCAAGAUUCUGAAUCAUUUCCUCAUCUUCUUCAUAUCUUCCAAUAUCUCUCUUCCUAAUUCAUAUAUAUAUUGUGCAUCACCAUUGCAACCUUCUUCUCCAAUUCUCAUUAACAAUGAAUAGAUUAGGAGCUGAAACGCAGUUUCAUGUGCUUGCUGUUGAUGAUAGCAUCAUUGAUAGAAAGUUGAUUGAGAGGCUUCUCAAAACUUCCUCUUAUCAAGUUACUGCUGUGGAAUCUGGAGUUAAGGCUCUUGAAUUCCUGGGAUUGGUUGGGGAUGAAGAAGAUGAAGAAGAAUUUUCAAAUUCAAAUUCAGAUUCAGAUUCAGAUUCAGAUUCAAAUUCAAAGUGCCAAAGAGUUGAAGUGAAUCUGAUCAUCACAGACUACAGCAUGCCAGCAAUAACCGGCUACGAUCUCCUUAGAAAAAUCAAGAAAUCGACGUCGUUGAGAGACAUUCCUGUGGUGAUUAUGUCAUCGGAAAAUGUUCCGUCAAGAAUCAACAGCUGCUUGGAACAUGGAGCUGAGGAAUUCUUCCUGAAACCAGUCAGGCAAUCUGAUGUGAACAAGCUGAGGCCACAUCUGAUGAGAGCCCAAAAAAAUAUCCCAAAUCUAAACAAGAGAAAGCCUGUUGAAGAAUGCCUCUCGCCUGAUCGGAUAAGGGCAAAAUUGAAUCAUGAUUUGGAAUGAUUUUUUUUUCUUUUUUUUUUUAGAAUCUUUAGUAGUAUCAAAAUUUUGGGUUAUUUGAUUUAUUCACAAAGGUAGAA